AUGAGCCAAUAUCUUCUUCGCAUCUCCUCCUGGGCUGGCUCCACACCUGGGCUCUUCGGGCCCUUUGUCAUGGAUGAUGAGGUCCUCUGGUCUGGCGACAUCACCUUAAACUACAAUGCAGAGGCGAUCUACUACAAUGCUGCUGCUGCAAAUCACAUGGAGGCCUUUCUUCCGUACUUUCGAGCCGUCUUGGACUUCUUGCCAGCAGCCCGUCGGAUGGCCUCUGAACUGUACCCGCAGUGCUCGAACUCUCUGGUCUUUCCGGCUCAUAUUCUACCUCAUGGAGUGCAUGCUGCAGGUGUGGGUGGUGGAGACCUUGCUCAGAAGCAGAUUGGUUUGUUCGCAGCCGUGCCAUUCAUCUUGUAUUGGAGAUACUCCGGCAGCAUCGUGUUUGCAGAGAGCUCUUUGCCUUUCCUGGCUGGCAUUGCCCGUUUCUGGGAAUGCAAUCUCCUUAUGGGCGAGGAUGGCUUCUUGCAUGAUGCAAAUGACUGCGCCGAGGAAAUAUGUCUUCCGGAUGGCGAUCUGCAGCCAGAUCCAUCAGUGGUCCUAUCGCUCCUUCCCAGCUUCUUCACAAUGGUUGCCGAGGUGGCCGAGCUUCUCAAUGCAGAGACUGCAGAGACGCGCCAGCGCUGGCGUUCGAUGGCGGGCCGCAUCGCCCCCUAUGCCACAGAGGUCAUUGAUGGAGAGGAAGUGAUAGCUGACUUCUAUGGCGGAGAGACCAAGCACGGUUUGGCCUUACGGCUUCACGCAGGCGGAUCAGUUGCCUGGGGCGGCCUUUUCGCAGCUUUUCCACUUGGGACGGUGCAUCAGCGAAGCGAGAAAGCAGCUGUUGACCUGGUGCAUCGGUCGCUGGCCCGAUUCUUCAAGCAAUGGCCUGGUGGCAAACAGGGGAACAGCUUCCCGCACGUGUUUGCCGCCGCUGCAAGGGUUGGAUGGAGAGCUGAAAGAGAAGGCUUGCUCAGGGACUGGGAGGCAUACCUCACAAAUACGUCUGACCCUAAAUGUCGCCUUCACAGCAACGGCAUGGUGCUGGGGUGUGGCAGCACUGGCUUGGAGAAUGUGGGUGGUGCAGCCUUCGCCACGGAGAUGUUGUUGCAGAUGUCAUCAGGGGUGCUGCAGGUCUUCCCCUCUUUGCCAGUGGGCAUGGCUGCUUCUUUUCGCCUCCGGGCUCCGGGGCCAGUCAUGGUGGCAGCCAGCAGAGAGACCUCAGGGGAGGUAACGGACUUCCGUUUACAACUUCCUACGCUGGAGAGCGACGUUGCGAUGGGUCCUACAGUUGUGCGCACGGACUUUCUUGUGCAAUCGCCAUGGCCGGGAUCGGAGAUACUGGUGGAUGGUCAGGUUGCUGAUGUCCGCAGCGGUGUGUUUCGUGUAGGUCUGACCGAGGGAAGGAUACAUCAGAUCACCCCAGCUGCAAAAAAAUGCAGGGAGAAUCCGAACGCAGUUCGACCGGCGACCUGUGGUGGCAGUGAUAUCUUGUAG